AGGGGGCUAUCAGGGAGGGGAGCAAGGGUGGGCCUCGCUAAAAGAUGGCAGCUCAGGGGCCCGAAAAAAACACCAGCAAGAAGAAAACCGAAAAGAAAUUUGCGGCCAGGGAAGAGGCUAAACUGCUGGCGAGUUUUAUGGGAGUGAUGAAUGUCAUGCGCAAACAGAAAACCUUGUGUGAUGUCAUUCUUAUGGUGCAAGAGAGAAAAAUCCCUGCUCAUCGUGUAGUUCUUGCAGCUGCCAGUCAUUUUUUCAACCUAAUGUUUACCACCAACAUGCUUGAAUCGAAAUCCUUUGAGGUGGAGCUGAAGGAUGCUGAGCCUGAUAUCAUUGAACAGCUUGUGGAGUUUGCAUACACUGCAAGAAUUUCAGUAAAUAGCAACAAUGUACAGUCCUUGUUAGAUGCUGCCAAUCAAUACCAGAUUGAACCAGUAAAGAGAAUGUGUGUGGAAUUUCUCAAAGAACAAGUUGAUGCUUCUAACUGUUUAGGAAUUAGCGUUUUGGCAGAAUGCCUUGACUGCCCAGAGUUAAAGGCUACUGCUGAUGACUUUAUCCAUCAGCAUUUCACCGAAGUUUAUAAAACAGAUGAAUUUCUGCAGUUGGAUGUAAAACGAGUUACUCAUCUGCUGAAUCAGGACACACUCACUGUCCGUGCAGAGGACCAGGUAUACGAUGCAGCUGUUCGAUGGUUAAAAUACGAUGAGCCAAACCGGCAGCCAUACAUGGUAGACAUUCUUGCCAAAGUCCGGUUUCCUCUUAUUUCCAAGAACUUUCUUAGUAAAACUGUUCAAGCUGAACCUCUGAUACAGGAUAAUCCAGAAUGCCUAAAAAUGGUGAUAAGUGGAAUGCGAUACCAUUUACUCUCUCCAGAAGAUCGAGAAGAGCUGGUAGAAGGAACUAGGCCAAGAAGAAAGAAACAUGAUUAUCGGAUUGCAUUGUUUGGUGGAUCUCAGCCACAGUCCUGUAGAUACUUCAACCCUAAAGAUUAUAACUGGUCUGACAUCCGAUGCCCAUUUGAGAAGCGGAGGGAUGCAGCAUGUGUGUUUUGGGAUAAUGUGGUUUAUAUUUUGGGAGGUUCUCAACUGUUUCCUAUAAAGCGGAUGGACUGCUACAAUGUGGUAAAAGACUCUUGGUACUCCAAACUGGGGCCCCCUACACCCAGAGAUAGUUUAGCUGCCUGUGCUGCCAAAGGCAAAAUCUACACAUCGGGAGGCUCAGAAGUAGGAAAUAAUGCCCUGUAUUUGUUUGAAUGCUAUGAUACCAGAACAGAGAGCUGGCACACCAAGCCUAGCAUGCUGACCCAGCGAUGUAGCCACGGAAUGGUGGAAGCAAAUGGACUCAUCUAUGUAUGUGGUGGCAGUUUGGGAAACAAUGUCUCUGGAAGAGUAUUAAACUGCUGUGAGGUGUAUGAUCCAGCAACAGAAACGUGGACAGAGUUGUGUCCAAUGAUAGAAGCUCGAAAAAACCAUGGAUUGGUGUUUGUAAAGGACAAAAUAUUUGCUAUUGGUGGUCAAAAUGGCUUAGGUGGUUUGGACAGUGUGGAAUAUUAUGAUAUUAAGCUGAAUGAAUGGAAGUUGGUGUCUCCAAUGCCUUGGAAAGGCGUGACGGUAAAAUGUGCAGCCGUUGGCUCUGUAAUUUAUGUCCUUGCUGGUUUUCAAGGCGUUGGUCGUUUAGGACAUAUCUUGGAGUAUAACACAGAAGCUGACAAGUGGAUAGCAAACUCUAAGGUUCGGGCCUUCCCAGUGACCAGUUGCCUGAUCUGCGUGGUUGACACUUGCGGUGCAAAUGAAGAGACUCUGGAAACCUGAUUAAGCUCACGAAUCUUGGAAGCAAAUAAUUGCUCCACUUAUUAAAGACUAAGAUAUACAAAUACUUUUCAUUGGCGUCUGCUCUACGUGAAGGAAAGAGAGACCUGACAAGUACUGUGACAUUGUGGAUCGUUUAACCUUGGUAUCAGAACCAUGAAGGAACUAAGAAUGGAAUAACACGCAAACUCUAUUGUCAGAGAAAAAAACACGGAAAGGUGGUUUAAAGAUGGCUGCCACUUUGUGUGUGUGUGUUUUUUUUUUUGUUUGCACUUAUUGGCGCACCUUGGAUAUUUGAGGACGCAUUAUAUUCUACUGUUAUAUUUUGUGUUUUUGUCCUGUUGCUUGCUUUUCUUGCUGACUGACAUUUUCAUCUAAAAAGACCAAGUCGGUCAUGCGCCAGCGGUUCCAGCUAAAAUGUGUUGUGUGUCCUAGUGGUUCCGUUCAUUUUAACUCUCAAACAGUGACGCUUCCAGAUUUGUAUAUUACAGCCUAGAAAACAAAGUAACCGAUCUAUAGGAACCCCAGUUGUACUUGCAGCCUUGUUAUGGUAGGGUGAUGUAAGAUUUUGUCUAGAAUCAGGAGAUAACCACUUACUUUUCAUUAAAAAAUCUUGUUGUUUUAUUGUAUAGUCCGUUGUUCCAGUCAUUCCCAAAUCAGGUGUUGUAUACUGUUUAUAUACCAUUGAGACCGUGCAGUCUUCAUACUUGAAACUGCCCUCUGUUAGUGAUGGUGGUUGUUGUCUAAAUUCUACCCCUUUUCAUAUAGGAAAUAUAUUUUUUUCAUUCAGUAUAAACAUAAGCAUAUGCAAAAUACUUCUUAUUAGUAAGAGCACAUAUUCCUGAGAAGCUUGGAGAGUUAGUAAAUAUUUUAACUUUAUUACUGUGCUCUCUAACAUUUUCUGGUGCAAGCUGAUGAGCCCCCCUCCAUCUGUUUUCCCUUGUUAGAACCAACAGUCUCCGAGGUUUCCAUUAAGUCACAAGUCAGAUGUACCAGGAGAUAAAAUCUGGGGGUGGGGAACACCUUAUUUAAACAUUUACCAAUUAAGUGUGAGUAUAUAUAUAUAUUAUUAGAUGCAUUGUGCCUUUAUUCGAUGUUGCUUUGCUGAAUUGUGUUAUCUUGUGUUGUACAACAAAGAUGUUUCUAAGCUUGAUUUUUAAUUUUGCAUUAGCGAUACAACCAACAACUUGAAUGACCAACAUGCUUCUCUUGUUGUGAAUCAUUCAGAUUUUUUUUUAGACAAUACAGUACUGCUGGUUAGUUGAACAAAAGCUUUUGUUUGUUUUGGAGUAAUUAAUCUCCGUGUCCUUUGCCAAAGCUGUGUAUAAUUACACCGCAAUGGGCUGAUAAUUAACAGCCCCUUCCCUUUAUAUAUAAAUAUGAUCAGCGCAGACUAUUUUCUUAAAAGGGAUACUGUCAGGUUUGGUUAAAAAUCAUGGGUUGGCUUCGAAGAGACGGUAACUAAUUAGCUGCUCCCCUGUUAGAAUUGAGACCCAUUGCAGAAAUAUUAUUUGACUAUUCACAUAAUAGGCAAGGGGAGCUUUGAAUACUGAAUCCAUCACAAAUGAUUCCAACCCGUGUCUACUAAUUGGCAAAACUACCCAAGAAUAUAAAAAAAAUCAGCAUACAAAACAAAAUUUUUUAGUUGUCCAGUGGUAUAAAGUUGUGUGAUUGGAUUUGGUUCAGCCAGGAACUCGUGAUUUGACCAAAUUCAGGAAAGAAAAGGCUUCAUUUCAACUGAAAAUUGCGGGAUUCCGUGCAUUCCUAAUAAAGAGCUGGUUCACAGUAACAUAUUUUACAUUUCCUUUUAGUUAUCUUGUGUAGGCAUGUUUUAUGUAUUUGAUCAUGUUUAUAUUAAAUGACUGUUCUCCGAAA